GUGCCGAAGGCGGCUUGUCGUAGGAUCGGUGUUUUCAAAGAGCUCAACGGUGCGAAGGUAGUUUACCACAAUAUAUUUUAUUACUGAAUUUCAUUCCGCUUUGUUUGGAGUCAUGCGGUCGUCUCGGCUUCGUCGUUGGGGAUCGCGGAGGCUGCCUCCGCCUUCCAUGACGUCGCAUUGCUUUUCGCGAAGCCUUCGUUCUGCUGUGCUCGCACGAUCCCCUUCGUUGGCGUGCGUCGGGGUCCGUCGGCACACCUCCACCAUCCCUCCUCUUCACUCGUCUGCGCAGACGCGGCCUCCAUCGCCAUCACCGUCACCGUCACAGCAGCCGUCAGCGGAGAGGUGGGCCGCGGCGUUGCCGGAUGUUCCCUAUGGUUUCCCAAAAAGCUCCACAUCGUCCAGCAAGGGCAACAGCGCAGCCACAGUCACACACCCCUUCACCGCCGAGGAGAGCGGCGGGUUGCAGAAGGCGUGGCUGCAGCACCUUCCUCGUCAGCUCGCGACGUCGCAGAUGCGCGGGGGGCACUAUUUGCCCAAUAAGGAUGACUUCUGGCGGAGUCCGCCCUACGAAGCACUGCGUGAGAUCGUGCUGCGCACCGCCUACCACGACGCGCUGAAGAUCAUCAUGGAGCACGACUACACCUUUUUGUUUUCCGAUGUGAUGUGCAACGAGCAAGCCCCGAUGCCACACGUUGUGUACGAGGACUUUAUGAAGGUGCUAACCUUCUGUUCUCGUCAGCGACCGCCGGAGGAGCAGUUCGCGCUGCCGGACAACAUCCUGCGUGAUCUGCUGUGCUGGGCCGCCUACUAUUGCACACUCGACCCCUUCUACUUCACUUCCGCCUCGAUGUUUUUUCGCAAGGUGGAGCAGGAGCAGCAUCUGAGCCCGGCGCUGCACUCUGCUUGGGUGUACAUCUGCACGGCGGCCGGCAAGAUCGACGAGGCGCUAGCCUACGCGGUGUACAUGGAUCAACAUCGGAUCGACUUCGACCCGGCGGUUUUUGCCCUCAUGCUGCACCCCUCUCUCACCCCAGGUCAGCUGCAUCUCCGCCACGUCCCACAAACCGCGAAAGGGAUCGUGCUGCAGCGGCGGCUUUGCCAGGACAUGCAACAGCACCACAGCACCACACCGGUCGCGGUGCACGCCAUGUUCGUCUACCACGUGCUCACCCUUCGACACACGCGCAAGUGGGAGGUGCUGCGUGCGGCGGCAGAGUGGAGUCGCGCAGGACGCCAGCAGCACGACUCGCUGGAAAGGGCUCGUCGUGGUCGUUCGCCAGCGACUCGACGCACCGCUGACGCGGCAGUGGCGGGACCGGUCGUAUCUGCGGAGGUGAUGAGCCCACGCACGGUGCAGCUCGCCAUGGCGCUCUGCGGUCGCGAGAAGGCGGUCCGCUGGGGCCCCCGCACGACCAAGGCGAUGGUAUUCUUUAUGUUGUCCGUGACGUCGGCCGGCGCGACCACAGCAGAUGUCGUUUUCGUGCUCCUGCGCAUUCGACGCAACGAGCGGACCGCGCUGCUGGCCGGGCUGCCGCGUGCGGUGUUCAACGAGGCAGAGCAGGAGGAGCUGAUGGCAGUGGUGCGCCGACGUAGUCGUGUCGAUCCCGCCUGCGCCGUGGCGGCGCCGCUGCUUCGGGAGCUAUUUGCAGCGGGCAGCACCACCAGCAGCAGCAACUCUGAGGCGGCAGUGGAAGGCACCGCAUCGUUGCAGCAGCAGCACGGCAGUGAUGAUGGCAUUAUGCGUGCGUUGCAGGACCUGCAGAAGUUAUCGAUGUCCGCCGCUAACAGAAACGACGACGACAGCAGCCACACGCAAUACAUGAGCACUGCAAGGAGGAUCAGCUCAGAGCCCGUAUCUUCGGCCGGCGCCACGUAUGACGAGAUGAGGCGACGCGAGGAGGCAACACUCCUCGAAGACGACGCAGCGGUUUACCCGCUGACUUCCCCCCUUGCAUCGGGCGUACACGAGCUGUCGCUGCCUCAGCCGGCGGAUGUGGCCCGCGAGCUGCUGGAAGCGGUGAUGGCCUUGGACCGGGCGAGUACGCAACAGGACGCGGCAACGAACCUGAAAGCGGCGUCCUUCACGACAGCAGGCGCAGACACAUCGGCAAACUCAAACGUGGCCGCCGCAUCAUCAUCAUCAUCAUCAUCGCCACCGGGUGAGCAGCUUGCCGCGCUGCACGCGUCGUUGGAAGCGAUGGGCACGUCUGCCAGCCUCUCGACGUGGUCGGCGCAGCAAGUGGAGGAGGAGGCGGAGGAGGCACGCCUGCGGGCGCAGGUGAGCACGGCGUGGAUUGCACCGACCUACCGGCCUUGA